CCCCGCAGCGCCGGUGGUGAGCGCCCAGCUAGAGCGGGAGGCGGCGUGACUGCAGCGCCGCGGGAGGGCCGCGCCGGUCGCCUUCUGCAGCCGCGUCUCCGUCAGCUCCCGAUCGCCGUCACUGGGGCGCCGCGCGGCUCCAGUGCGGGACGGAAGCUGCGGGCGGCUAGAUCCGCGUCCCGCCUCAGCGCCGGGAGGACAUGCGGGAGAGAGAAUGAGCCAGAGGGACACGCUGGUGCAUCUGUUUGCCGGAGGUAGAUAUAUACUACAAAACAACAUGAUCCAUGAUUGAUUGAAUGCAGACCCACAGAUACGGGAGGGAUUUUUGAUUGUUCAGAGGGUUGGCACCCCUAAACCCCACAUUACUCAAGGGUCAACUCAGAAGUGCUACCCAUCAUCUGACAACACAAGUUUGCUAUGUGGUGGUACAGUGGGAGCUAUUCUGACAUGUCCACUGGAAGUGGUAAAAACACGGCUGCAGUCAUCUUCUGUGACACUGUAUAUCUCUGAAGUUCAGCUGAACACCAUGGCUGGAGCCAGUGUCAACCGAGUAGUGUCUCCGGGACCUCUCCAUUGCCUAAAGGUGAUCUUGGAAAAAGAAGGGCCUCGUUCCUUAUUUAGAGGAUUAGGCCCCAAUUUAGUAGGGGUGGCUCCUUCCAGAGCAAUAUACUUUGCUGCUUAUUCAAACUGCAAGGAAAAGUUGAAUGGUUUAUUUGAUCCUGAUUCUACCCAGGUACACAUGAUUUCAGCUGCAAUGGCAGGUUUUACCGCAAUCACAGCAACCAACCCCAUUUGGCUUAUAAAGACUCGGUUACAGCUUGAUGCAAGGAACCGUGGGGAAAAGCGAAUGGGCGCUUUUGAAUGUGUCCGUAAGGUGUAUCAGACAGAUGGACUUAGAGGAUUUUAUAGGGGCAUGUCUGCUUCGUAUGCUGGCAUAUCAGAGACUGUUAUCCAUUUUGUUAUUUAUGAAAGUAUUAAGCAAAAACUACUGGAAUGUAAGAUUGCUUCUACGAUGGAAAAUGAAGAAGAGUCUGUAAAAGAAGCAUCAGAUUUUGUGGGAAUGAUGCUAGCUGCUGCCACCUCAAAAACAUGUGCCACGACUAUAGCAUAUCCACAUGAAGUUGUUAGAACAAGACUACGUGAAGAGGGAACAAAAUACAGAUCUUUUUUCCAGACACUAUCUUUGCUUAUUCAAGAAGAAGGCUAUGGGUCUCUUUACCGUGGUCUGACAACUCAUCUGGUGAGACAGAUUCCAAACACAGCCAUUAUGAUGGCCACCUAUGAAUUGGUGGUCUACCUGCUCAAUGGAUAGCACCACCAGGCUGCUGUACUAUAAAGAGGGAAGACCAAAAGAUACAGUGGACCAUGGAGUACCGAAGCCAGCAUGGUGGACAGAAGAAAAAUAGUUUGGGAACAUGGAACUAUGCCUACGUGGAAGUUUGGUUGUAGAAAUAAAAGAAAUAAUAACCACAUUACUUAGUCUCUUUAGUAAUGUGGGGGGAAAAAAAACCUUGGCUGCCUCCAAGAAAAAGCCUUUAGAUGCACUCCUUCCUCAAAAUUGCCAUUUUCUCUACCAUGUCCUUGGGACACAGUUGCAUUUUGUUGAUUUAUGGCAAUCAGAGUAUAGUGUUUAUUCCAUGAGCACUUUUCCAGUCUUUAAGACAAAGCCAUCCCUAAUUACAUACCAUACAGUAACUAUCCAAAGAUGGUAUUGACAGACAUAAAUUUCUAACUUCUGGCUUCUGCAUAAUUCCUAUAAAAUUGAUAAAUAACAAUAGUGAGAUCUGCAGUAUUAUUUUUACAUUUCCUUCAGAGGAUCUGACACAAUACUUUGAAGUUAAGUAUUUGGCAUUAGUAGUCAGUUUUUGACAACUCAUGAAAUAAUGUCUAAAUACCAUGUAUAUUUUCAGCUUUAAAAUGUUUUGGUUUCCACUCACAGGUGCUUUAUGUUUAGCAUAAUGUGAACACUUAAGUUGUUUAUUAACGUAUUGACUCAAAUGGUGAUAGUUCGGGACAAAAUAAACUGAUAAAAUGUUGAUUUUUGGCCACUUCAGUAACUUAAACAUGUCCUCUUAUCUUUUCUAACAUGGACGAAUGUCUUUUUAGUAAUGUAUUAUUUAUGAACUUGAAUGAUUACCUAUCAUCCCUAGGUAUCGUUUUCUUAAAGUGAAAAAAAUUUACCUCUUCUGAAUCUUUCUCUAUUUGGUUUAUCUUAAGAGUUUGAACUUUUGAAUUAUUUCCAGAACUUCUGCAUAUAUUGGAUUUAUUUAGUAGAGAAAAUGGUAAUUUUCAGCUCUGCCCUUUACAAGGUGGGUUUUUUUUUUUUAAGAUGACAUUGUAAAUAUCUGAGGCGGCAUAAACAUUAUGGAAGAGGGGCCCUCUGCUGUCUGAUUGAGCAGGUAGGGAUCCUAAUUGACUUACAGUUUUGUAAGUGAACAAAAUGCUUUUGACAAGAAAUUUAUUCCAUCCUAAUUUCUUGAGUGAUAAAUCAUAGAAAGAUUCAGGUUAAUUCAGGUUAAGUUUGUUAACAGGAUAGAGCUUUUACAUUUUGCUAUUGCAUUCAACUGCACCUUUUAAUACUUUAAAUGUAUUAUAUAUAUAUGGCCCUUAUGAAGAUACUUGCUGUAAUUGUAUUAAAAGACUUUUGCUUUGGAUGUUGCUGUACUGGUGUAUGAAACUUACACAAUUAAACUCCAGUGUGGUACUCAUUUCGGUAUAUAUGAACUGUUCAUUUUGUGCAAUGGCUUUAUCUUAGGAAUGACUUUUUGUGAAUGCACUUUGUGGCCUUUUUUUAGGGGGGAUGGUGAGCGUAGGAGAGAAUUCCCAUGUUAAAAUUAUUUUUUUAAAACAUUGGUUAUGUAUUAGGCAGAAACAGUGUUCAUAACAUUUUCCCGGGGUUUAGGUAUGUUGUUUUGGAGAUCUUUAAUAUAAAUGUUAGAAGUAUUCUGUGUACACUGUAGUGCCCCUAACAGAAGAUUGUAGCAUGUCAUUGCAAGCUUUCUCUGCUGUCACCAAUGAAACACAGUGCCCUCUUAAAUUCCUCCACCUUCUUAACUUCCUUGUAACCAACAGUAACUGGAUGUUUUUGAGGUGCUUUGAUUGGAAUUUAAAAUAUUCCAAUCUAUUUGGAGACCAAAGGCAAAUUCAGUUUCAUCACCUUUGGGAUUAUUCAUACCUUUUAUGGUGAAUUUCAGUUUUGACAUUUAUUGUGAGGAACAUGCCAAAAAAGAAAACAGUUAUAGGGGUUUCUAACUUAAAUCUGUAGAGAAAGUAUCAAUCUAGUCUGUUUUCAUUUUCAGGUGCCACUUACACUGCCUAAUAUAGUGCCAUUUGCCUUGUGAAGAUCUGUAACCAUUAGUGUACUGAAUGUAGGACAGGACUCUAAUCUUCGUGAUCUCAGUACCCCACAAAUGAUUAAGAAUGACAUGAAGACCAGCAGCUAAAGAACAUCUUAUUUAGUUGUAGCAAAUUCGUAACAAGUGUCCUUCAAGGAUGAACACAUAUUCUAUUCCUGUUUGUAUUCGUAUUAACCUUUUAGUGCAUUAUAUCGAGCUUUUAGCAUUGAGCAUAUGUGUGUGCUGAAAGGAGAAGAUCUCGAGUGUUAGCCUUUGUUUCUUUGUGUGACAACUGGAAAGGAGCAAUGAAGUUUAUUUCAAUUGUUUUUCCCCCAAAGUAGAAUCUGCCAUAGUUUAUGUGUGACAGAGAUAAUUUUAAAAGACAACUUUAUAUAAAAGUUGUAUAUAAAGUUUGUCUCGGAAACAUUUUUGGGGGAAUUUUUUUUUAAUUGAUGCAAACGUUUAAAAAGAAGAAUACAUUUAAAGCAUUGGGCUUUUUUUAAAAAACUUAUUUUCAUCUAAUUUCUAUUGGAUAACUUUUUAUUUUAUGGUGUAGAUGUAGUCAGCACUCUUCAAACUGGUAUGUACUUUUGUUAGAGAAUCUUCCCAGAAAAUUAAAUUGAACUCAUUCAGGCUACAGCAGUACGUACUGGAAGAACAUACCCUCAUAGAGGAGCCGACAAGAACUUUGAUACCUAUAGCUCACAGAAACAGUUUAUUAAAUUUCAAGAGUCUCAAAUCUGAGAAUGACCAACCUUUGAUUGAUUGUCGGGUACCAUUCAGUGCUUUUAAAUCCAGGAAAAAAACUAUCACCAAAGCUUUUGUCUUGGUUUUCAUUAUGUAUGUAACUUUGUGUAAUCAACCUUACUAGAUAGGACCCAUGAGUAAUUGAUUUGUAACUCUGGAACCGCGAGAAUGUUAACUAGAUUAUUUAAUACAGCCUUUUGUCUCCUUAAUACCUAACGCCCUUGGUGGAAAAGCAUUAUUAGGACCAGCAGAGUUUGGGUUGCUAAAAAUGUUUACUCUUUAUUACUAGAAUAUAAACGUGUCAGCAUUUUUAGAUUUGUUUUAAAUCACUAAAAAUACCGAUCUUGAAAGACUUACGUGCUAGGAAUUAGUUUAUCCUCCACUCUUCCAGCGUUGUUCGUGCCACCUUUUGUUGUUUACAUGCUCUUCUGCCCAGACUUAGUACUGUAGGGACCCCUUUUGGGCUGAUAUGUUUAAUGGUUCAGCCUUUUUCUCCUGUAGUAUUGAUCAUGACUUUAACAUUCCUAAAUCAGAUACUUCUGAAUGAUUUAAAUUGGAAAGAACUUCAACUAUAUAAAAGUAUUUAAUACAAUAUACUUUCUGCCUACACAAAUCUCUUCUCCAGUGCCCUUAUAUUUCUCAAUCUAUACUCUGCUUUUUAUGCUACUUUUAGAAACUGAAGUUUCUAGUUUUACUCAGUUUUUGUGUUAAUAAACAUUUUGAAUGUGUACACCCCUGCAUAUGUGAACAAUUAAAUUAUGACCUAUCAGUCAUAGCUAAAUAAUCAACUUCAAAGAGUUGAUAGCCUUUGACCAUUUAUGUGAAGUCUGCUAUUCUUGCAUUUCUGUAUGUGGCUGUAAAUUAUGUGCAUUUACUCUAUUUAUGUUAACUAGCUGAAUUUUAUUUGAAUUGUUAAAAUUCAAAAAUUAAAAUAUGCUUAUGAAAA